AUGGUCGCUAUCGGAUACAUUUCUGUCGUGCUCGUCGGUCUCGCUGGCCUAGCCACCGCCUCCCCUUCUCAGGGUGACAUGGUCAACAUGGAGAGCCGUUACGUCAAGGCCACUUUUGGGGGCCCUGGCGCGGCGCCAAAGUGGAGGGUGCGAGAUGAGAGUGGUAGCUCUCUCGCCAAGCGCAUCUCUUGCGCCAGCGGCAACUGCAAGAUCCCAUCCACCUUUGGGGGCCACAAGAUGGCAGGGGCUAUCAAGAUGCGCGACGUGGAUUCCCUGUACGAGCGUGACAACGACUACGACGUCUCUCUCACUAAGCGUAUCUCCUGCGCCAGCGGAAACUGCAAGAUCCCCUCUACCUUUGGAAAGCACAAGAUGGCGGGGGCUAUCAAGAUGCGAGACGAAGACUCUCUUUACGAGCGUGACGACGAGUUUGACGGACAUCUCGCCAAGCGCAUCUCCUGUGCCAGCGGCAACUGCAAAUUCCCGUCUACCUUUGGAAAACACAAGAUGGCGGGUGCCGUGGCUCGAGAUGAGGAUGCCCUCUUCGAGCGUUACGAGAGCGAGGGCCGCAAUCCCGUGGCCUGGGCAGCUUAG